UCUCAUGUCUUAAUUAGUUCGUAAUUUUUUUAUGUACGUUUCUAAUUUAUUACGAAAGUACGUAAUUUAUUACGAAAGUACGAGAGUACUUUUGGAAAGAACUGCCAUUUUUUUAAUGUGAGCGAUGGCAAAUAUUCCCUCAGAACUUGUAUCGCAUCAGCAAAAAGUAUGCAGGCUGUACAAACGCGCUGUGCGUUGUAUUGAGGAUUGGUUUCAUAAAACACAUGAUCGCAGAUACCAGAUUGCGUUAUUGAGAGAGCGUUUUGACAAGAAUAAGGAUAUAAAGGAUUUGAAAUAUGCAAAAUAUCUAUUGAAGGAAGGAGAGAAGGAGUACUUCUCCAAGAUACAUUAUCAACCAAUAACAUUUGCCCAAUCGAUCACAGGAACAGCGUAUGGUCGAGAAUCUUAUACUCCAGACUGGGCCUUGGAUUAUUGGCAUCCUCUAGAGAAAGCUAUGUAUCCCAAAUAUUUUGCGUGUCGUGAACAAAUGAAGGACGAAUACAUGAAGUGGUACUUUGAAACCUAUCCUGAAGAAAAAAAGAAGAUCGAUGACCACUAAGCUCUUGUAAAAUAUAUACACCUGCCAUGGUAUCAUAUUAAUGUAACAACUCUUGUAGAUAAUAUAAUAUAUAUUAUGUGAAUCUAGAGAACAUCAUUUCCUAUCACAAAAUAUUUUUAGCCAGAUUAGAGAUUGAGAUUGAAAUUUAACUAAGAAGAAAAUCAAUUUCUCUCUCAAGUGUAAUGAAUCUUGAUUGAUUAAAUUCCAAUCUAAUCUCAAUUUCUAGUCUGAUUCUAGGCUGAUUAAAAGAACCAGUUUUUCAAAAUCUGCAUAUACGAGCAAGUGUUUUGUUUUAGAAAGCAUUGAGUGGCUUGCUGCUCGGUGCGACUGACUGCGAUUGAUUCUAAUCUGUAGAUCCGAAUUCAAUCCCGGCUGCGCCUACAUAUGCGAUUUUUCGCAUUUAAGGAGCUGAAAAUGACAUCACUUAGUGAUUAAGAUACCUGUGAUCAUCAGCGCCAUUUGGAUCCGACGUUUCAAUUGUAGGUUCCAUAUAUCGUAAAUAUAUACAUCAUUCUCCUACAUUAGGAGUCUGACACAUUAGGCUAACAACCUAAUUCCGAAAAAUCAUUGUUUCGAAACCUCAUCUAGAGAAGGUUUGGACUGUGCCAUUGGAUGAAUGAUAUUUCGUUUCAAUAUAUAUCAUGUUUAUUUUUAUUUAAUUAGAAUACAUAGUAAGCAACCUAGCAUAUCUCUAUUUAUAAUUUAAUCCAUUAUAUAUCCAACAGAUGUAAUACUAACGCAGUACAAAGUAACAUAUGUAGCUCGAAAUUUAUCUAAAAUCUUUUCUAAUAUGCGGAUAACACACAGUAAGAAAUUCUUGCGCUUGGACGUUUGUAAUUUCGAAUGCUAUCUCCGUUGUAACAAUAACAGGUGAAGCAUAUUGUCAAUUUAUUUACGAAA